ACUUAUUUAUGAGGAAAAGGCGCGAUAAACACGAUCUGAAUUAACCAGGAUAUUUAACGUGUGCAUUGAGAGAAGACAAGUUUGACAGAAACAUGUUGAAAAUUGUGUUUGUGAUAUUCCUAUUAUUAAACGCAGAGGGUUUAGCUCAAUCAAACGUAACACAAUCAAGUUUGGCACCGGCUGGUAACACAACAACUGCACCAAGGACUCGUUAUAAGGCAUGUCCGGAAAUUCACAAAAACAUUUCAAGUGAUAUUGGCUCUCCAGGAUACCGAGUCGUCGAAAUAGAUGUGUCGACAUGUUCGUUUUGGAGUUAUUUGCCAGUGCUUAUUUUGACUGACCAGUUGAAAGAAUAUGUCAUGCAUGUCAGUGUUCAACCGUCUAGCAUUUCCCUUGAUUUCAAUCACACUUACUUUACAUCCAACGUUAGCGAUGUGAUUUCAGGGAAUGUGAUUGCUAAUUACUCGGAUGGAACCACAUUGAUGAUACCAAUAAAACUAACAAUAGUAGACAUCAACGAUCCUCCUGUGUUUACCAGUCGCGACAGUUUGAAUUCGACAUUAUCGGAAGCAAGUCCUGUUGGAUAUGAAAUCUUUACGGUCACAGUAGCUGAUCCAGACAGCAAAGUCGAACUGUCAACAACUUCGGAUCUAGUGGCUAUACAUCAAGAGGUGUCGAAUGCGACCGAUGGGACUGGACUUUAUUUGUUCACGCUACGUAUCAACAAGCCAUUGGACGUAGAUACACCAAACGAGGCUUUCAUAGCAGCACAAAUGUUUAGAGCGCAGCUGGAUUCAACAGUGACUGCUGUUAUCCCGCUCAUCGCCACUGACGGAUAUCAACAGACCCGUCAAAACCUUCAGAUAACUAUCAGAGAUGAGAAUGAUAAUCCCCCAGUAUGCAACCCUGCACAGACAAUCGUCUACGUUCCAAGAAACCGACCUACAAAUAUCUCUGUGUUGUCCUUAAACAGCUUUUGCACAGACAAAGACCGAUUUCCUUUACAUAAAAUUUCUGAUUAUUCAUUCAACGAGAACAGAUCUUCAUGCUCAGGAAACUGGACAGUCGUAUCACCUCAUCAUGAGAAUGCUUACCCAGAAGCAUGCAUUCCUUCACAGACGAUCAUUUACGUUUCAAGAAACCAACCAACGAAUACCGCCGUGUUGUUCCUAAAUAGUGUUUGCACAGUGGAUGGUCAACUCCGUACAGUUUUAGAGGUAUCGCCGUUUUUCCUUCAAACCAUGGUGCCUUGUGAUGUAACCAUCGUGGCACGAGAUGGAACCUACCAACAGCAGAGAUUUGCGCAGAUUAUGCAGGAGAAUAAUUUUUCGUCUGUUACUUUGCAGCUUCGACAUAAGGAGUGUCCCGCCGACACAGACGCGAUGGGUACUCACUGGUUUUCCGGCAGAAUUGGCUUUAUAGAGGGAAUGUCGUGCCCAUCAAACACAUACGGAAAUGUCACACGGUACUGUGACAUGGACGGCCUUUACCGGGACCCCGUGUACAACUGUACACGGACCUCAAUCUUAGACGUAUACACCAAGUUUAUGUAUACGGCAUGGAAAGCAACCGAUAUACUAAGUAGAUUAGCCAAAGUAAUCAAUGACUCGAAUGAACAGCUCAUGGUCGGAGAUGUGGAAAAAAUACGUUUCAUUCUCCAGAAUGUCGGAAGUGAUUUGGGCCAGAGCGACAUUGAACCGGAAAAAUACACUGAUUUUUUCUUAGAUGUGGUUAACACACUUAUUGGUGAGAAAGCUGAAUCAACGUGGAAAGUAUUAGUAAAUCAGACAAGAAUUGGUGCCGAUUCAAUAGUUAGCUGCGUGGAUAAAUUUGUGAACAACAUGGUGACACAAUCGAACGGAACAAAUUACAACCAUACCUUCAUUAAAUCGAACUUUAUUGCAGCAAUAUCAGAAACAUUGAACUGUUCCAUUGUAAAAUUCCCGGGCGAUUCAUUGGUCGGUUACAGCAUGAACAGCGACCACGAUUUCAAAGAGUUCCCUUCAUGGGCUAGCGGUCGCUCGAAUAAUAUACGUGCACCAUGCAUGAACUCCCAGGUCUACAGCGGGAUUUUUUAUCGAAAUCUUUCAAGUAUCGUUUCGUUGAACUCCGCAAUCGAUAGGAAAUGGCCAAAGAAUGUGAACGCGCCCGUGAUUUCCUUCGCCUAUUUAUCCAGUAAAUCUUCAGUUACACCAGUUAAAAAACCGGAUACACCAGUUGAAAUAUCAUUCGAAAUAUAUGAUCAAAGCUUGUCAGACCCUGUGUGUGCUUAUCUUCAAUUCAAUGAAAGCGGUGGUCCUAAUAUCUGGUCUACCGAAGGCUGCUCGCUGACUUCCUUUGACAGGAACACUGGCGUUGUGACCUGCACCUGUAGCCACCUGACUAAUUUUGCCGUGCUGAUGAGUCCGGCAGUACCGACGACAGCGCACGCCCACAGCCGUGCUUUAGGAUUGUUCUCUAUCAUAGGAUGUUCUAUUUCAAUGGUCGGCCUUUCCCUCACCGUCAUCGUUCAUCUUGUGUUCUGGAGAUCGCUCUCAUCAGACAGGACUGUUUUGCUGAUGAAUGUUUGCUUUAUAUUCUUCAUCGGCUAUCUUGUGUUUCUAACCGGAAUCGAGAAAACAUCAAAUUCGACUGUAUGCACAGCCAUUGCUGUUAUCCUGCACUACAUUUUCCUCGUCGUGUUCUUUCUGAUGUUAGCCGAGGGACUCAUGAUCACCUAUCUGGUGCUAAGCCCGUUCCGCAAACGGCGCAUUGUGGUGCCUUUCAUUAUUGCUGCAUACGCCAUUCCGAUUUUGAUAGUUGGAAUUUCAAUGGGCGUCACACAGCUGAAAGGAUACGGCAACGAGUCAUUUUGUUGGUUGACGGUCGAUGGUGGUUUAUAUUGGGCAUUUGCUGGACCUAUCAUUUUAGUCGUCGUUGGAAAUAUUGUCAAUCUUGGAAUUAUCUUGAAGUUUGGGGUCUUUGGCAUUUCCGCUAUGGCAAAAAAAUCAGAUCUGGAAAAAAUCAAGACGGGCGCAAGGAGUGUCGGCGUGCUAACCCCCAUGUUUGGCAUCACGUGGCUUAUCGGCGUAUUUGCCGUCAAUGACGCGACGUUGGUCUUUCAGUGGCUAUUCGUCAUACUGAACUCACUCCAGGGUCUAAUGAUAUUCAUUGUGAAGUGUCCACUGGACAAAAAGGUUCAAGAUGCUUUCAAAGAGAAGCGCCGACGAUUCUUCUCUGUUGAAAGUAGUGCCUCAGGUGAACACGCUAAACACAAGACUGCAGAUGGAUCAAAGCAAACGGAAAGCUCAAUGUGAUACAUCGUUACAAAAGCGACAUCAAGUUGGAAGAAUGUUUUUGUGUAUAUUAUGUAACUUAUUUUGAUUGCUUAGCAUGUAUUCUGUAAUCAUUAGGAAUGUAAUUCAUUUAUGAUUGUGUUAUCUAUAACGGGUGCGUAACAUUUUUUAGUAUGUGCGUUAACCUUAAAAGAUCCUAUUAUCUCUGUGUGAGCGUUUGUGAUCGCUAAGUGCCCGUUGUUCAUCGUCAACAAUGGCAUACAAACACUAUUUAGGUAGAAUUUAUUGUCCUAUUUGCAAGAAAUUUGUAGCAUUCUUCUCACAAUCUCUGUUUUGUUUGAACAUUGGUCACGUAGGGUCUAACCCAGGUCAGUAGAUAAAAUUCAUAAGAACUUGAAUGAUCGAUCUACAGGCAUAUUUCUUUUUCAAAUUUUGAUCAAACAGGUAAGAAUACAAAAUACUAAGUUUAUUCAAGCUUCAUUAAACUUGGUAAGAACAUUGAAAUAUGUUGUCCCAGUUUACAUCAGCAAAGUCUGAAACUGUGUCUCAUGAGAUAAAUUGUAGGUCAAAUGUUCAAAUAAAUGACAAAAGCUCGCGAAUAGAGGUCACAUUUAGUGCACAAUGUGCUCUACACUUAUAAGAACAUGUAUCCAAUAGUAUAUUUGCCGGGUAAGACUGGGGCACUAUGCACAAAUUUAAAAUAAGGCUUGAUCACACAUGGGGUCAUAUUUAUUUUUGUUUUUUCUCAAUCAGAUAUAAAUCUAGCUUAGAAAACAUGUUCUACUGAUUCUACACCGAAGAAGAAAUGGUUGCGAUACAUUAACAAUUAUGAAACUGUGCCAUUUCUUUUUUUUGCUAUUGUAAAACCAUGUUAACACUAUAGACGCCAUACUGUUUUUCCCAUGAGUUAACUUGCACAGAAUAUAAAAACAGUGUUAUGAUCUAUGAGUUAAGUUCAAAAGGGAUCGUCGAGUGUUCCUGAGUUUGCUUUUUACAUCCAGUGACCGCUUGAGCAUUGACCGGGGGAAUAUCGAAUUUUAUAUUAAGAUACAAUACCUGUACAUCUGCUUGAUUGCAAAGAAAACGAUGAUAACAGAUAUUACAAUUUGUUAAGCUAGUUUAUGUAUUAGAUAUGUAUGAAGUAUUUUUGAUACGAUAUCAUUUUAACAUCACAAUCAUUGUACCGACCUUACACUAUUUUAGCAAUAAUCUGAUUAUAAUAACAAUAUAGUUCUAUGUAUCUUGAGCUUUUUUUAAUAAAGACAAAAUGUA